AAUAGUAUCCACUCGUAAGAGGCAAAUCUGAUAAACAAAGACUAACCAGAGAAUGUUUCUAAUUACAGGCUCACCUAAUACAACGGCCUGAUCUAUAAUAGCCAUCAAAUAACGCGCUCCUGCCUGGCCAGGAUGUUAGCAUUCCCAAAGAAUGAAGCUUUUGGUGUCCCUUGGAUUUCCUGGCUUUUCCUCGCUACACUGGUUCAGCAAGGAACAGAGGCCUUUCAGUGUGACAACGGGGUGUCCGUGGCGCUUGACAAUGUGUGUGACUUCACAGAUCAGUGUGGGGACAAGAGUGAUGAGCAGCAAUGCUUGAAUUAUGAAAGAUGUGAUUUUGAGGACGGACUCUGUAAUAUGACUCAAGAUCAGAGUCUUCAACUCGGUUGGACAAAGAGAAAUGGCAUGACUGGUCCAUCACCUCCGUUUUAUGAUCACAACGGAGUUAUAUCUGCCCACUUCCUCUCAAUGGUCUCCAAAGAGGAUUCUAUUUCAACAUUAAGAAGCAGAGUUUUUCUUCCGACAAAUAACGAACAUGCUUGUCAGAUUACAUUUUAUUACUUCUCCAGCCAUGUGAGUGGCAUAUUAACGGCCAGUCUUCAAACUACCUGUGGUGGUCCUAUUCAGCAUUUAUGGCAAAACACAGAUGGGCCCCAAAAUCAGUGGGAGAGACACGUCAUCAAAAUUGAGUGCUCCCAGAGAUUUCAGGUUGUGCUUCAAGGUCAAAUGAUUUCAACUCAUGAACAGGAUGAAGUCAUAGCUGUUGAUGAUGUAUCUUUCAGUUCAGGCUGUUUGCCUGCACAUGAUGAAAUUUUACCAUAUCAAGAAGCGUUGGAUACCAAGCAGGAAGUAUGUCAUCCAGAUACAAGUCUCUGCAGAUUUGACACUAGAGAUGAAGGAUUGAGGUUGUGUCAGCCCUGUGGAUUUGAACUUGACAUGUGUGACUGGACGUCAGAAGCGUCUGCUGGGCAAAUUUCCUGGACGCGCACAAAAGCAAGAGAAGUUCCCGCAUUAGAAUCUGUACCUCAGCAGGAUCAAAGUAGUGAUGAUGAAGGUUACUGUAUGUGGCUAGGGACUAAGGAUACUUCUACUGUUAACCAUUUAGACAACAGGGCUUAUCUAAGCCGCUACGUGUCUCACUGCUUGGGCAAGAACUGCCAUCUUCAAUUUUAUUACACUAUGGAAAACAGUUUACUGAGAGUAGGGCUAAAUAAUAAUAAGGAAGAAGAAAUAUUUUGGACAUAUAACACAUCAACUCACAGAAAAUGGGUGAAAGCAGAUGUCUUAAUACCAGAAGGACUGAAGACAUUUAAGAUUAUUUUUGAAGGAGAUAUUUUGAGCCAGAAAGGUUUUAUUGGUCUGGAUCAGCUCUGGGUCUACGCCUGUGCACAGGACCCGUCCAGAAGAAAGCUUUGCUCUGCAGAUGAAUUCACUUGUGCCAGUGGCCAGUGCAUCUCCCAGGAAGCAGUCUGUGACUCUCAGCAGGACUGUUCUGAUGAGAGUGAUGAAGACCCAGCAAUUUGCUCAAAUUACCUCAUAUGUGACUUUGAGUCUGGUUUCUGCGGCUGGGAGGCAUUUCUCAUGGAAGAUUCACACUGGGAACUUGUGAAAGGAUUGACCAGUGGAGAGAACCAUCUUCCUGAUGCUCAUCACAUAGCAAACGCAAAUCAUGGAUCAUUUAUUUAUUUUGGGGCACGUCAAUCACCUGGAGUGGCCAAGCUCGCAAGUCCUGUUCUAAAAUCACUCACUGCUUCUACCCCAUGUCAGGUGCGGUUUUGGUAUCAUUUAUCUCAGCAUUCACAUCUCUCAAUUUUUACAAGAACAUCACUGGAUGGGAAUUUGCAAAAGCAAGGGGAUCUAAUUGGAAUCUCCGAAUCACAGUGGAGACAAGCAAAAAUCGAUCUCUAUGCAACGGCUGGAGAAUUUACUCUGCCUUUUCAGUUAAUUUUAGAAGCAACUGUUUUAUCAUCAAAUGCUAGUGUUGCUCUAGAUGACAUCAGUAUAUCCCAGGAAUGUGAAAUUUCAUAUGAAUUACUUCCAGAUGCCAACAUAGUAAACAAAGUUUCCAAAUGUGACUUUGAAACAAAUAGCUGUGGAUGGUUUGAAGCAAUUAGUGGUGACCACUUUGACUGGAUACGGAGCUCGAGAAGUGACCUUUCUGCCAAUUUUGGGCAACAGGCCCCAUCCCGUGAUCAUACUCACAACACAGCUCAAGGGCAUUUUAUGUUCAUUCUGAAGAAAAGCAGCAGCUUGUCACAAGUUGCUAAACUCCAGAGCCCAACUUUCAGCCAGACAGGACCCGGAUGUACCCUUUCUUUCUGGUUUUAUAACUAUGGCCUCUCUGUGGGAGCUGCUGUGCUACAGCUCCAUGAGGAAAAGUCCAAUGAUACCACACUCCUCUGGAGAGUAUUAUAUAACCAGGGCAACCAGUGGUCACAGGCAACCAUCCAGCUUGGACGCCUUACCCAGCCCUUCCAUCUGUCACUAGAAAAAGUCAGUCUUGGCAUAUAUGAAGGGGUCUCUGCUAUUGAUGACAUCAGCUUUGAAAACUGUACCCUUCCGGUCCCUGUGGAGAGCUGCAAAGGGCCCCAUCAUUUCUGGUGUCAACACACCAAGGCUUGCGUGGAGAAGCUCCGGUUAUGUGACCUGGUAGAUGAUUGUGGUGACCACACUGAUGAGGUUGACUGUGCACCUGAACUACAAUGCGACUUUGAAAAUGGAAUUUGUAACUGGGAACAGGAUACAGAAGAUGAUUUUGACUGGACCAGGAACCAGGGUCCAACAUCAACACUUAAUACAGGGCCAAUGAAGGAUAAUACUUUGGGCACAGCUAAGGGACACUAUCUCUACAUAGAAUCUUCGGAGCCACAGGUUUUCCAAAACACAGCAGCGUUGCUCAGCCCAGUCCUUAACGCCACUGACACCGAGGGCUGCACCUUCCGCUUCUAUUACCACAUGUUCGGAAAGCACAUCUAUAGGCUGGCCAUCUACCAGCGAAUCUGGAGUAACACAAGGGGGCAGCUGCUGUGGCAGGUAUUUGGGAAUCAAGGCAACAGAUGGAUAAGGAAACACCUGGACAUUUCCAGCAGGCAGCCUUUUCAGAUUUUGGUGGCUGCUUCAGUGGGAGAUGGCUUCACGGGGGACAUUGCAAUUGAUGAUUUGUCAUUUAUGGACUGUAUUCUCUAUCCUGGUAAUUUGCCAGUGGACCUUCCAAAACCACCAGAAACUUCAGUUCCAGUAACAUUACCUCCACACAACUGUACAGACAAUGAAUUUGUCUGCAGGUCCAAUGGCCAUUGUGUUGAAAAAACCCAGAAAUGUGAUUUUAGAUAUGACUGCCCUGAUAAGUCAGAUGAAUCAUCCUGCGCUAUGGAAGUUUGCAGCUUUGAAAAAGGAAAUCUGUGUGAAUGGUACCAGCCAAUCCCAGAAACUUUAAUUCAAGAUUCAAACACAUUCAGGUGGGGUCUCGGUAAUGGAACCAGUAUUCACCAUGGUGAAGAAAACCACAGGCCAUCGGUGGAUCAUACAAAAAAUACCACAGAUGGCUGGUACUUAUAUGCUGAUAGCUCAAAUGGAAAAUAUGGCGACAUUGCUGACAUCUUCACUCCUGUUAUUUCACGGACGGGACCAAAAUGUACCCUUGUGUUCUGGACUCAUAUGAACGGGGCCACAGUUGGUUCCCUACAGGUACUCAGCAAGAAAGGCAAUGUUACUUCUAAAUUGUGGGCUCAAAGUGGACAGCAAGGUGCACAGUGGAAAAAAAUAGAAGUGUUUUUAGGCAUUCAUUCACAUAUACAGAUUGUCUUUAGGGCAAGACGUGGUGUCAGUUACAUGGGAGAUGUAGCAGUGGAUGACAUUUCCUUUCAAGAUUGUUCUCCCCUACUCAGGCCAGACAGAAAGUGUACUGCUCAAGAAUUCACGUGUGCCAACAAGCACUGCAUUGCCCAGGACAAGCUGUGUGAUUUUGUGAAUGAUUGUGCUGAUGAUUCAGAUGAGACCGCCUUCAUUUGCAGUACCGCCAGGGGGCGCUGCGAUUUUGAGUUCGAUCUUUGUUCCUGGGAGCAGGAGCAGGACGAUGACUCUGACUGGAAUUUGAAAGCCAGCAGCAUGCCUGUUGUGGGCACAGAGCCAGCUGCUGAUCACACCUUGCGAAAUUCGUCUGGUCAUUACAUCUUCAUAAAGAGCUUGUUCCCUCAGCAGCCCAUGAGAGCAGCCAGAAUUUCAAGCCCCAUCAUAAGUAGAAGAAGCAAAAACUGCAAGAUAAUUUUUCAUUAUCACAUGUAUGGAAAUGGCAUUGGGGCACUCACCUUGAUCCAGGUAUCAGUCUCAAACCAAACGAAGGUCCUACUUAACCUCACGGUAGAACAAGGCAAUUUCUGGCAGCGGAAAGAACUAUUCCUGUCUGGCGAUGAGGACUUCCAACUCAAAUUUGAAGGUAGAGUUGGGAAAGGACACCGUGGUGACAUUGCAUUGGAUGAUAUUGUGCUUACAAAGAGUUGUCUGUCAUCCCAUCACUUCAUGAAAGAAGAACUACCAGCGCCUCUUCCGACAGGUUACUGCCCACUUGGCUAUCGGGAAUGUCAGAACGCCAAAUGUUAUAAACCAGAGCAAAGCUGCAAUUUUAUAGAUGACUGUGGAGAUUAUACUGAUGAAAAUGAAUGUGGGAGCUCCUGUACUUUUGAAAACGGCUGGUGUGGCUGGCAAAACUCCCUGGCUGAAAACUUUGAUUGGAUUUUGGGGGUUGGCUCGCAUCAAAGCCUAAGACCUCCCAAAGACCACACACUUGGAAAGGAAAAUGGGCACUUCUUGUAUCUGGAGGCUACCCCGGUGGGCCUUCGUGGGGAAGAGGCACACCUCAAGAGUGCUGUGUUCCCAGAAUCCAGUGCUACCUGCACCAUGAGCUUCUGGUAUUUCAUAUCUGCAAAAGCCACGGGGUCCAUUCAAGUUCUCAUCAAGACUGAGGAAGGACUAUCAAAAGUAUGGCAAGAAAGUGAGCAGAACUCCGGUGGUCAUUGGCAAAAGGCAGUCAUCCUGCUAGGAAAGUUAAGGAAUUUUGAAGUUAUAUUUCAAGGGAUCAGAACAAGGGAUCUAGGAGGAGGAGCUGCCAUUGAUGACAUUGAAUUUAAAAACUGCACAACCGUGGGAGAGACUUUUGAGAUUUGUCCAGGAACUACUGAUUUUUUGUGCCACAACAAGAAAUGUAUUGCAUCGCACCUCGUCUGUGACUAUAAACCAGACUGCUCUGAUAGGUCUGAUGAAGCUCACUGUAGCCAGUAUACAAGCACAAUGGGAAGCUGCAAUUUUGAAACAUCUUCAGGAAACUGGACCACAGCCUGCGGUCUUACUCAAGACUCUGAAGAUGACUUGGAUUGGGCCAUUGGCAGCAGAAUUCCUGUGGAAGCAUGGCGUGCAGACUCCGAUCACACACCAGGUAGUGGCCAGCACUUCCUGUAUGUCAACUCAGCUGGCCCCAAAGAAGGAUACACUGCAAGAAUCACUACUUCCCAACACUUCCCAGCAAGCCUUGGAAUGUGUACUGUUCGGUUCUGGUUCUACAUGAUCGAUCCCAGGAGUGUGGGAAUACUAAAGGUGUAUACCAUUGAGGAAUCUGGGCUAAACAUCCUGGUUUGGUCGGUGAUUGGGGACACGAGAGCCGGUUGGAUAUAUGGGCAUGUACAUCUCUCCAGUAACAGUGCGUUUAAGGUGGCAUUUGAAGCUGAUUUGAGUGGAAAUGAAGACAUCUUUAUUGCCCUUGAUGAUAUCUCCUUUACCCCAGAAUGUGUUUUUGGAGGCCCUGUAACAACACAGCCACCACCAUGUGAAGCUGAUCAAUUUUCUUGUGUCUAUGCACUCCAGUGUGUCCCUCUCUCAGGGAAAUGUAAUGGACAGGAAGAUUGCAUAGACGGAUCGGAUGAAAUAGAUUGCUCUCUCAGCCCCACUCCUCAGCUUUGCAGUAACAUGGAGUUCCAGUGUUCUACCCACGAGUGCAUCCCAUCCCUCCUGCUGUGUGAUGGAGUGCCUGACUGUCACUUUAAUGAAGAUGAAUCCAGCUGCUCCAAUGACAGCUGUUCUGAUGGAGCUUUGCUGUGUACAUCCUCUAACAGCUGUGUCCCACGUCACAAGCGCUGUGAUGGUUUUGCCGACUGCAUGGACUUCCAACUUGAUGAGUCCAGCUGCUCAGAAUGUCCAAUGGCUUACUGCAGAAAUGGUGGGACUUGUGUAGUGGAGAAAAAUGGUCCUAUGUGUCGAUGUGGACAAGAAUGGAAAGGAAAUCGAUGCCACAUCAAAGUUAACCCGCCUACUGCAGAUUUCGCCUACACUCAAAAUAGCAUAUGGACUCUCCUGGGUAUUGGAUUCGCUUUCCUGAUGACUCAUAUUACAGUUGCGGUCUUAUGUUUCCUUGCGAACAGAAAAGUACCAGUAAGGAAAACUAAAGGAAGUGUUAACUGUGCAUUUGUUAAUCCAGUUUAUGGGAAUUGGAGCAACUCAGAGAAAACAGAGAAUUCUAUAUACUCCUUCUCAAAUCCAUUAUAUGGCACAACAUCAGGAAGCCUGCAGACCAUAUCUAAUCAUCCCAAAUAGAUAGAAGCUGAGGCAAUAGAAG